GGGAGUCAGUCGAGUCGGAGAGGUACCCCGGACUCCUGAGUGAGUGAGAGAAACAGAGGCAGAGAGAGAGAGAGAGAGGGGAAGGUCGCGAGACAGGCGCUGUUUCUCUCUCUGUUUCUCGCGAGAGGGGGAGCGUAUCCGGGAGCGCGCGCGCGUGCGCCGUGGCCCCUGUGAGGCUGAGGAGGAGGAGGAGGAGGAGGAGGCAGCGGAGGCGAUGGCGGACGUCCUGAGCGUGCUGCGCCAGUACAACACCCAGAAGAAGGAGAUCGUGGUCAAAGGGGACGAGGUCAUCUUCGGCGAGUUCUCCUGGCCCAAGAACGUCAAGACCAACUAUGUCAUCUGGGGGACAGGAAAAGAAGGCCAGCCAAGAGAGUACUACACUCUGGAUUCAAUCUUGUUUCUCUUAAAUAAUGUGCAUCUUUCACAUCCUGUCUAUGUCCGCCGUGCUGCAACUGAAAACAUUCCUGUAGUAAGAAGACCUGACAGAAAAGAUCUCCUUGCAUAUCUAAAUGGAGAAAACCCAACGUCAUCAAGUAUUGACAGAAGCGCACCACUUGAAAUAGGUCUCCAGCGAUCUACUCAAGUUAAAAGAGCAGCUGAUGAAAUAUUAGCAGAAGCAAAGAAACCAAGAAUAGAGGAUGAAGAGUGUGUGCGGCUUGACAAAGAGCGGCUUGCAGCUCGUUUGGAGGGGCACAAGGAAGGAAUUGUGCAGACAGAACAAAUCAGAUCUUUAUCUGAAGCGAUGUCUGUGGAAAAGAUCGCUGCAAUCAAAGCCAAAAUCAUGGCCAAGAAAAGGUCCACAAUUAAGACUGAUUUGGAUGAUGACAUAACUGCUCUUAAACAGCGAAGUUUUGUUGAUGCAGAGGUUGAUGUAACAAGAGAUAUUGUCAGCCGAGAAAGGGUGUGGAGGACAAGAACUACCAUCUUACAAAGCACUGGCAAAAACUUUGCCAAGAACAUCUUUGCAAUUCUUCAGUCAGUCAAAGCUAGAGAAGAAGGCCGUGCACCUGAACAAAGACCAGCACCAAAUACAGCACCGGUGCAAGCACCAGAAGCACAAAUGGAGCUAAGAGAGACGGAAGGUUUCAAGAUUGACACAAUGGGCACCUACCAUGGAAUGACUUUGAAGUCUGUAACGGAGGGAGCUUCAGCACGGAAGACCCAAACCCCAGCAACACAGCCUGUAACAAGGCCAGUCUCCCAAGCAAGACCACCUCCGAACCAGAAAAAAGGUUCUCGAACACCCAUAAUAAUUAUUCCAGCAGCUACCACCUCUUUAAUAACUAUGCUUAAUGCAAAAGAUCUUCUGCAGGAUCUGAAGUUUGUGCCAUCUGAUGAGAAGAAAAAGCAAGGCUGUCAGCGAGAAAAUGAGACCUUAAUACAAAGAAGGAAAGACCAAAUGCAGCCUGGUGGAACUACAGUCAGUGUUACAGUACCAUAUCGUGUGGUUGAUCAGCCUCUAAAACUUAUGCCGCAAGAUUGGGAUCGUGUUGUAGCAGUGUUUGUGCAGGGUCCUGCUUGGCAGUUCAAGGGCUGGCCGUGGUUGCUUCCUGAUGGAUCACCUGUUGAUAUUUUUGCAAAAAUUAAAGCUUUCCAUCUUAAAUACGAUGAAGUUCGUCUAGAUCCAAACGUCCAGAAAUGGGAUGUAACAGUGUUAGAGCUAAGUUAUCACAAACGGCACUUGGACAGACCAGUGUUCCUACGUUUCUGGGAAACAUUGGACAGGUACAUGGUAAAGCACAAAUCACAUUUGAGAUUCUGAAUUCUUGGCUGUCAUUUGUUUUCUCAAACCUUCAGUUGAGGACUUUGAAAACUACUACAGUCUAGGGAGGAAGGGGGUCUCCCUAUUCACAUGUGCCAGGAACAUUAUACAGAUAAAGAAGGGAGUCAUUGUUCAAUCUUUUAUAAGAUUUUGUUGGAUCACCAUCUUGCAUCGAUAGACUGACAAGCAGUCAUUACAAGCAAAGGAUUUUGCUUAAAAUUAUUUUUAAUAACUUAAGCCUUCUAGUCUGCAAUUCAAAUUGUAUAUUUUGAUAGCAGCCAUUUCUUCCCCAUUUUGUUAAAUUAGAAACAUUUUUACAAUAACGUUUUUGUUCUUCAAUAGAAUAUAGGCUGAUUUUCAUGGAAGGUUACGAAUGUGCGUGUGUAUGUAUAUGUAGAGAUAGAUGUUCUAUACCACUUGCUUCUGAGCAUAGUUCUUGGUUCUUUGCUUUAUUGUUUCAUUUGUAAAAAAACUUUUGUUUUGAUUGGCAUUAUCUUCUACUCUUAAAAAAAACUCUAGGAACUGAAGAAAGUGAAGACUACUUUAGAUAAAUCAAAUUAUCAACCUGUAUAUGUACUGUAUAUUCUUUCAGUCUUUUGGAAAGAGAUGAGGGGGAAAAUCCAAAAUAGCUUCUUUCUUAUGAUGAUAGUUUACCAAAACUGUUAAAAAAGUCAUUAUGAAUAUAUCUGAAUUAUAACAUGCUCCGUGCAAAUGGUUUAAUUUAAAGUUGUGUGUGCAUAUGACCCCACAUUGAUGAUUGUAUGAAACUCUGUAUACACAAGAAUCUCAUCUGGGGUUUUAAAAUCAGAAUUGACUGAAUACAAUCAUAGAACCAAUUCUUCUAAUCCCAAAAGAAGUUGAUCAUAUUUUUUAGUUUGUGUUUGUGUUCUUAUAUUACCUUAGCAGUAAGGGAACCAGAGGAGAACACAAGGGAAGAGAGGAGCAACUUCUCUCCCAGCCCUCCAAGUCUGUGACUAUUAGUCCAGAUUUCUCAAUUUAAUCCUAGUGGAGGGAGGAGAUGCAGUAUAGGUUCUUUCUGUAGAUGCUACAGAAAGGAUUGGUGUCCCAUGCUGCCAAGGUAACAUACGAAUUCAAUCUCACUUGUACAGGAAACUCAAACUCACUCAAAUUCCAGUUAUGACUGGUUAUAUCUGUUUAUCAGCAUUCCCACAGGAUAGAAACCUUUUGGCACCAAAGAACAUAUUUACUUGAAAGGGAAUGAGCAUAAGAGAGGCAAGAAAAUGCUGGUGUUUCUGUGAGUUUGUAUUUUUAUACUUUUGCAGUUAAAUACUGCCUGCCAUUGGGUAAACAAAAUGUUCCUAAAUAUUCGCUUUGAUAUGGAUUCUUUUUUCUUUUCUUUUUUGAGAUGAAGAAACUACUUAUUUCUGUUUCAAGUCCAGAACCAUGUUUUUAUGAUGAGCAUCUGAGGUCUUACAGAAGUAAAAUAUUCCACAUAGCUUU